UGGGGCUGCACCUCCUCCCACCCCCACUUACCGUGCUCCCCCAGCUGAGCGCCUGUGUGCGCACACGUUUAAAAAAAUUUAAACGUGACCGAAAAGCAAAGGGUUAACCGUGCUCUUUAAAUAUUCAUGUCAUUGUUUAAAGGUGUAAACGUGCGGCUCUUAGGUUGGAGUAGAUUCUCUUGUUAUGCAGAUUUACUACAGUGGGUCGCGGAGAACUCCUAUCCCGGGCACCCACCUUAUCAUCACCCCUCCAGCCCACCGCACCCCACGCACCCCACACCCCCAGUCCAAAUAUGUAUGAAUUUAUUUCUCUGCGGUUCGAAGACUUGUCGUCUUCGUUCCAUUUGGAAUUUUAAAACUCCUGAGUGCUUUAUGGGCUUAGAUGUUUUAAGCUUUUUUUCUCUACAGAAAUUUGGGGAAAUAGGUUUAAAAGGAAAUUAGUCCUCCAAAUUCCCCUCCGCGGUUUGUUUUCCUCCCUUUUUUGCAUGCGGGUUGGAAGUAGAAAAAUAACUGAAUGCUUAGAGAGUUGGAUUUUAUUUUCCUGGUAAGAGUGAGGCGAUGUUGAACGGGAGGCAUUUGGGAAGGAAAGGACUCUUGUUUUUGUUCCAAAUCCCUCCAAGUCUGAGUGCUUUUAGAUUUUUCCUAACUUUAAAAUGGCUUCAAACCGCCCAUCUGGGUAACUUGGUUUGCUCUCCUGCUGCCCUCUCUUUACUCACAUUGUGUUAUUGCUAUUUUGGAAGGUUUACUCCUCUACCGUUGUAGGUUUCAAACAAAAACCAUUGCUCAUCCCAAAUAUGCUUUUGGUGAAGACAGUUUGGAUUACUGCCCAAAUUCAGGCUUUGUGAGAUUUAUUUUAAAUGAGUGAUGUGCUUCCCAAGGGCCUGAAAACUAGAAAUGGGAAUUGUUUUUAGUCAUAAAUUUUAUAGGGGAAACUGACCCUAAAAUUUGGGGCAUCUGUAAUUCCAUGCCCAAUAAAGUAUCAUUCUGGAGGUUUAUACACCCGAAGGAGCAUGUGUUAAGUUUUUGGUUGAGCCCUAAUAACUUAAACCUUAGAAGAACUCAUUCCAGAAACUUCUGGUGGUACCAAGUAAGCAUAAAUGCUAGUAAUUUAGUACAGUUCUGCAGUGAAAAGCAAUGAGCAUUAACAUAGUUUGUCAAUGAUGUGUGUGUGCUAGUUUGCUGGGCGGGAUGUUUGCUUUCUAGGAAGUAACACUGCAUUAAAACAUCAGAGAAUUUUCCACUGCUCACUUGAAGAAAAUGAACCUUGCUGUGUUAAAGCCAUUCUAGUUUUUAAGUUGUAUUCUUUAGUGAGGCUUCCUAUUAGUUUUGAAUCUUGAAUACUUUUGGGUCAGAGUGAAAAAAGUUUUUUCUAAAAUGGGAUUUAGCAUCAUGAAGAAUUAAUUUCCAUCCAUGUCAUUUCCCCCACUAUACCGCACAAUUUUAUUAGCUUUUUUUGGUUCUAUUAUGAACUAGCGAAAGAAAUUAAAAGGUUGUUUUGUUAGUGGAUCUGUCUGUUCUAAUUCCCACUCUGUCUCUGGUGAAUUCUCCUACCGCCCCAUACCUCUGGCCUGCACCCCAGUUCUAUGCAAAAAAAAAAAGAUUAUCCAGAAAAUUCACUUUACCAGGUCUAAUUUCUACACAUAGUCCUUCCAGGUUGACAGAUGAAGUGCCUAAAAGAAACUUUGGGUUCUGUGUCAUUCAUGUCAGCUGCUGGUCACCCUUCCUUCUUCAGAGGAGGACUUCCUCCUUGCCCCUGGACUCUCCAUUAUAACAACACUCCAGACAUCAGAUCUUCCUAGAAGAUAUCUAUAAUGGUGGAUCUAUAAAGUAACCAGCUGACUAGAGAAGGAAGGGAGGAGUCAGCCUUGAGGUGUGUGCACCCAAGAACCAUGUCUACGCGGGAGUCCUUUAACCCGGAAAGUUAUGAAUUGGACAAGAGCUUUCGGCUAACCAGAUUCACUGAACUCAAGGGCACAGGCUGCAAAGUGCCCCAAGAUGUCCUGCAGAAAUUGUUGGAAUCCUUACAGGAGAACCACUUCCAAGAAGAUGAGCAGUUUCUGGGAGCAGUUAUGCCAAGACUUGGCAUCGGAAUGGACACGUGUGUCAUUCCUCUGAGACAUGGCGGUCUUUCCUUGGUUCAGACCACAGAUUACAUUUACCCUAUUGUCGAUGAUCCUUACAUGAUGGGCAGGAUAGCAUGUGCCAAUGUCCUCAGUGACCUCUACGCAAUGGGUGUCACAGAAUGUGACAACAUGCUGAUGCUCCUUGGAAUCAGUAAUAAAAUGACUGACAGGGAAAGGGAUAAAGUGAUGCCCCUAAUUAUACAGGGUUUUAAAGAUGCAGCAGAAGAGGCAGGAACGUCUGUAACUGGCGGCCAAACAGUAUUGAACCCAUGGAUCGUUUUGGGAGGAGUGGCUACCACUGUUUGCCAGCCGAAUGAAUUUAUUAUGCCAGAUAAUGCAGUGCCAGGGGACGUGCUUGUGCUGACAAAACCCCUGGGGACACAAGUGGCCGUUGCCGUGCACCAGUGGCUGGAUAUUCCUGAAAAAUGGAAUAAAAUUAAACUAGUGGUCACCCAAGAAGAUGUAGAGCUGGCAUACCAAGAGGCGAUGAUGAACAUGGCCAGGCUCAACAGAACAGCUGCAGGACUCAUGCACACAUUCAAUGCCCACGCUGCCACUGACAUCACAGGCUUUGGGAUUUUGGGUCAUGCGCAGAACCUGGCCAAGCAGCAGAGGAACGAGGUGUCCUUUGUCAUUCACAACCUUCCUGUGCUGGCCAAGAUGGCUGCUGUGAGCAAGGCCUGCGGAAAUAUGUUUGGCCUCAUGCAUGGGACCUGCCCAGAGACCUCAGGAGGCCUUUUAAUAUGUUUACCACGUGAGCAAGCAGCUCGGUUCUGUGCAGAGAUAAAGUCCCCCAAAUACGGUGAAGGUCACCAAGCGUGGAUUAUUGGGAUCGUAGAGAAGGGCAACCGCACAGCCAGAAUCAUAGACAAACCUCGGAUCAUCGAAGUCGCUCCACAGGUGGCAACUCAGAAUGUGAACCCCACGCCCGGUGCCACCUCCUAAUCUAAACCGAAAUAGCUGUUUGGUCUUGUUUUUAAAUAGAUUUAUUUCCUUUAUCAUCACUUCAAUUAAAGACUAUAAACAACACAAAUCUCAUUGUGUCUACACAUCUGGUGACCUUAGGUCGAUUUGUGAGUGGAUGCAAUUAAUAAAAUAAAAUCCAUUGCUUUUUUUUUUUUUUUCCUGUUACAUUAACUGAAGAUGCACCUAAUCUUGAGGCAGCUUCUGAGUUGAGAAUUAUAUUGUUAUCCAAUACUGUUGAUUCAUUUUGAAUCUUUAGACACUUAUCUCUCGCCGCAUAGGCUCUUUUCAAAGGUGCUUUCACACAGCACAGACAUUACCAAUAGUAGUGUCAAUAGCAGUUUGUGUCUUUUCAUUUUGUGUAUAUUUAUCAUGAUCAGUCUGAUCUUUUCUAAGUGUCUUGAAUGAGAUUCUGGAAGGCAGAGUUGGUAAGUGACACAAUGGUACCCCAGUAAUAAAAAGGUUGCAUGAUUCCUUUGAGUCUUCGAUUUGUAAAGCCCGGUCUUCUCAUUCAAGAGCUUCUCUUUGACCCAGGUCAUUUCCCAACAGUGCAUUUAGUCAAAUAAGGCAAGUGCUUAAUUCUGCAUGGAAAGCACUUUGAAGACUUUUUUUUUGUAGCCUUCCAAAUACUUACAGUAAUCAUUAACUUUCCUUUAUUGGUAGCAAAAAAGGAUACUUUUUGCAAUGUAAUUAGAUGUUCUAUAGUGCAACAGGAAUUGCCUUCCAAAAGGGGGUUCAUGUAUAAUACUCAUUACAAGUCAAUAUAUAAUUAACUACACAAAUAGUUUUUAAGUAUAAUCAAUAAUAAAGACUGUUCUGUGGAUGGUAGUGUUUAAUACCUUUUACAUUUUGUAUAGUGAUUUCAGGCCUUUUGUUUUCUUAAAAUCAACAGCUACUUAGCCUAAUUCUUAGCAUUACUUUGUUCUUUGUGCCAGUACAUUUUUGUGCACGCUUUUUGUGAUUUGUUAAAAAUCUGCAUUGCCAACAUGGCAGCUUGAACUUAAAACUUGUUAUUCAAAUAAAUAUUUAAAUUUUUUAAUUGCUCUUGUAUAAUCAGAUGCCCCCUUUUAGUAUUAUUUUAGAAGCAUUGGGAGGGUUUUGGCUAAAGUACAGUUUAUUGGGGAAAACUAGAUUUUAGUUUUAUAAAACUUUUAAGUCUUUCAUGGGACCUAUAUUUUCUUGAAUUAAAUUUUGUAGCUCUAGAACAAAUAGGCAAUCUAAAAAGGUGUUUAUCUGUGUUACUUAAGUACAGAGGCUUCCUUAUAUUAACCUGCUAAGGGAUAAGGAGCGAUUUCUUCAUUAAGCACAAGCGCACUGACUGCUUACGAGUCCACAUAAAAGAGAGCCUGUCACCGAGUUCCUGCGUGCUUCCUGCUCACAGGCGCCAGAGCUUGUGAACCCAUCAUCUUGCCAAAGGAAACUACCAUUCGGAACCUGAAACCGUAGAUGAGGCUUUCACCCGACUCGCCCUCCUUCAGGAACCAAAAGGCAGCCUUACCCAUGUGGAACUGGAACUCAAGCCAUAAGCCCGGGGGCGGUACCCGAGAGGCUGCUACUGAACUGAGAUGGACAUUUUAUAGGAAUUUAUACAGAUGUUGGUCCUCAAAAGCUACAAACCAGUGGUCUGCAAAAUAAAAUGUGUUGGAAACCUCU